CGAGUUCAACCAUUUAUAAAUUUCAAUCUCUGAUUGCAUGGUACACAGUACAGCUUCGCAAUUCCUUGCCCAAAAUAUGGCAAUCAACACUCGUCUUCUCUCAUUUCUCCUUCUCCUCACCGCCUCCAUCGCCGCCGUUUCUUCGGAUGAUGAUUGCGUGUACACGAUGUAUAUAAGGACUGGGUCGAUCUUCAGAGCAGGAACAGACUCCAUCAUCAGUGUCAGGCUCUACGACACCUACGGCGAGUAUGUGGGGAUCUCCGAUCUGGUGUCAUGGGGCGGCCUGAUGGGGCCUAAGUACAACUAUUUCGAGAGAGGAAAUCUCGACAUUUUCAGCGGAAUAGGACCUUGUCUAAGCUCUUCAGUUUGUGCCUUGAACUUGACCUCUGAUGGAAGUGGAAUGUAUCAUGGCUGGUACUGUAACUACGUUGAGGUGACAACUACCGCCGUCCAUAAGCCUUGCUUACAGCAGAAGUUCAAGGUAGAUCAGUGGUUGGCCCGUGACGAGCCGCCUUAUAAUUUGACGGUCAUCAAGAACUAUUGUAAUUCAAAUGCCGAUGAUCUUAAAGGUCCUAAUGGGGUCAACAUCGAACUCAAAUCUAUUGUCAUAUGAGGCGUUUCCAUGGGAGGUGAUUAAGAGUGGUUGUUCUGCUACGUGUGUUUGUAUGAUUGUCUAAGCUGUGAUUAAUAAAGGUGGACGCCCUUUUUCUUUUUA